CAUUUGAACAGGCACCACGCUUGAUGUAGUGGUGGGUACUUACCCACACCGUGAAGUUGCUGGGACCCUCUCUGCCUGAAACCAAACCACCGGAACUAUUACUGAUUUAUAUGAGUGCCAUGGAAGUCCAGUGUCUGAAGGACUGCUGCAUUAUUACUGCUGAGAGUGACUAGAUUUUGUGAGGCAGCUGACACCAAAGUUUCCAAAUCUGAAGUGAAAGACAUCAUCCAGCUAUUUGUCCUCUUGCGUCUCUCCUCGUCUCACCAUGAGCUCCUGGGUGGUGAACAGGAAAGGAGAGCCUCAGUACCGACGGCACUUCCUGACAGACAACAGCAUCUUUCACGUGGAGCGAUGCAUGAGUGUGAUGCAGUCCGGGACGCAGAUGGUGAAGCUGAAGGCAGGAUCCAAAGGGCUGGUGAGACUCUUCUACCUGGAUGAGCAUCGCUCUUGUAUCCGCUGGAAGCCCUCACGCAAGAGCGAGAAGGCCAAGAUCACCAUUGAUUCACUGUACAAGGUGACUGAGGGCGGUCAGUCAGACAUCUUCCACCGGCAUGCAGAUGGCAGCUUCGACCCGGCCUGCUGCUUCACGGUUUACCAUGGAAACCACAUGGAGUCCCUCGACCUAGUGACAUCAAAUGCAGAAGAAGCCAGAACCUGGAUCACUGGCCUCCGUUACCUGAUGGCUGGGAUCAGCGACGAGGACUCGCUGGCCAAACGGCAGCGAACACACGACCAGUGGAUGAAGCAGACGUUUGAGGAGGCUGAUAAAAAUGGAGACGGUCUCCUGAACAUCGACGAGAUCUACCAACUUCUUCACAAGCUGAAUGUCAAUCUGCCUCGCAGGAAGGUCAAGCAGAUGUUUCAGGAGGCAGACACAGACGAUCAUCAGGGCACGCUGACCUACGAGGAGUUUUCCGUCUUCUACAAGAUGAUGUCUCUGAGACGCGACCUCUUCCUGCUGAUGAUGGCGUACAGCGACAGGAAGGACCACCUGACGGCGGAGGAGCUGGCCAACUUCCUGCGCAACGAGCAGAAGAUGGCCAACGUUACUUCAGAGUACGUCGCAGAAAUCAUUGACAAGUUCGAAGUAUCUGAAGAGAAUAAACAACAAGGCAUUAUGGGGAUUGAAGGUUUCACAAGUUUAAUGCGCAGCCCGACGUGUGACGUCUUCAACCCUUUGCACCACGAGGUGAAUCAGGACAUGGAGCAGCCUUUGUCUAACUACUUCAUUGCCUCGUCUCACAACACCUACCUGACUGGAGACCAGUUGCUCUCUCACUCCAAGACUGAUAUGUACGCCUGGGUGCUGCAGUCCGGCUGCCGCUGUGUGGAAGUGGACUGUUGGGAUGGUCCCGAUGGAGAGCCGAUGGUCCAACACGGCUACACUCUGACCUCCAAGAUACCGUUCAGAUCUGUCAUAGAGACCAUCAAUAAAUAUGCCUUCAUAAAUAACCAGUAUCCAGUCAUUCUCUCCAUAGAGAACCACUGCAACAUCCAGCAGCAGAAGAAGAUUGCGCAGUACCUCCGAGAAAUCUUCGGAGACAAGCUGGACGUAGCAGAUGUUCUGAGCAGAGACUCCAAAACAUUGCCCAGUCCCCAGAGCCUGCUGGGAAAGAUCCUCAUUAAAGGGAAGCGUCUGCCUGCAUAUCUGUCUGCGGAUGCCGAGGAAGGGGAGGUGUCUGAUGACGACAGUGCUGAUGAAAUCGAGGACGACUUCAAGCUCAAGAGCAGCAAUGGCAAUGGCCAUCACCAGGUGGAGUCUCACAUCAGAAAGAAACUGGACUCUCUUUUGAAGGAGUCUCAGAUCGGAGACAAGGAAGACACUGACAGCUUCAGCAUCAGAGCUCUGCUGCGAGCGACACAUCAGGGCCUUCAGAAGAACCUGCGGCAGAGCUCCAAAGGGGUUCUGAAGAAAUCCCAAAGCAGAUCCUUCAUCACGACGCUCAAACAGAAGAGACAUUCCAAAUCCAGACUGUCAUGCCAAAGUGUGGAAAAGGAGGACGACAGUCAGGAGAGAUCUGGGAGGGAAGCCGGAGGACAGUUCAACAGGGGUGGAAGGAAGAGGAAGACAAUGAAGCUGAGUAGAGAUCUGUCAAACCUGGUGGUGUUCACCAACUCUGUUGCCUCGCAAGAGUGUCUAAAUGAAGGUACUCCAGGUGACGUCCUGUCAUUCAGUGAGACCAGAGCACAAUCUCUGGUCAAUCACAGAACCGAGCAGUUCCUGGCUUUUAACCAGAGGCAGCUGUCACGGAUCUAUCCUUCAGCUUAUCGCAUUGACUCUUCCAAUUUCAACCCCCAGUUCUAUUGGAAUGUGGGGUGUCAACUGGUGGCUCUCAACUACCAGACAGAAGGGAGGAUGAUGCAGCUCAACAGAGCCAAGUUCAUGGUGAAUGGAGGUAUUGGUUACGUCCUCAAGCCUCCGCCAAUGUGUAAAGGCACCUUCAACCCAUUCAGUGAUGAUCCACUUCCAGCUUACCCCAAGAAGCAGCUCAUUCUCAAGAUCAUUAGUGGGCAGCAGCUACCCAAACCACCAGACUCCAUGCUGGGGGACCGUGGAGAGAUUAUCGAUCCAUUCGUUGAAGUGGAGAUCAUUGGUUUGCCAGUUGACUGCUGCAAGGAACAAACACGAGUUGUUGACGACAAUGGUUUUAACCCAGUUUGGGAGGAGACACUGUCUUUUACACUUCACAUGGCCGAGGUGGCUCUUGUGCGUUUCCUUGUCUGGGACCACGAUCCGAUUGGACGGGACUUUAUCGGACAACGGACUGUUGCCUUCAGCAGCCUGAUGCCUGGUUAUAGACAUGUUUACUUGGAGGGACUGACAGAGGCUUCCAUCUUUGUGCAUGUGUCAGUGCAUGAUGUCUAUGGAAAGUGGAGCCCUCUAGUCCUGAACCCCAGCUUUACCAUAAUGCACUUUCUAGGAUCUAACAAGGGUCACCAGCUGCGAGGUAUCCGGGGUUUCUUUAACCGUUCUUCCAAGUCCUCUGUGGAUACAAACGCCAGUGGUCUUCGGAAACGCUCCAUCAGUGAUCACCUCCUGCGGCGCACAGCCAGCGCCCCGGCAAAAGGACGGAAGAAGACCAAAAUGGUGCUAUCGGAGUCGGUGGCUUCGAUUUCAGACCAAAAGAGCAUCACAGGUGCAGGGCCAGGAGGAGAGGGUGUGUCGGGGAAGGAAGGAGGGGCGGAGAGGCGUCUCCAGCCCCGAGCCCCACUUAUCCACAGACCUAUCUCCAUGCCCUUAGACAGGCUUCUGCAAGGGCAGCUGUCCCUAUGCUCUCCAGACAAGGAACAGCAUGAUAUGGGUGUGGACACUGCCAUUGGAGGCUGCCUCUUCGAUAGGCCGAGAUCUUCCUCUGUGGACCUUCUCAUCGAAUCAUCAUUCUCCAUUGAAUCAAGCCUCUCUCCCCCUUCUAAGACUAAAAAAAGUAAAGAUUUUGACCAAUCAGAGGAGGCUUCUUAUCUAGUUAUUGGUGGUGGAGAAGUACAAAAGGAAGAAGACUAUGCCAAUUUCCAAUCAGAAGUCACCAAAUCAAAGAUCAUCUCCACAGGGGUAGAGAAAAGUGGCUUUGUCUCACCCUCAAAGAAUAACCCAAUGAGAACAGAUAAACCAGAAACUUCCUCAAACAGUACAACAUUCACAGUUGCACCAUCGGUAUCCUCCACUUCCUCUUCCUCUGUCCCCUCCUCUGUGACUCCUCUUUCUCUUAUCAGUAUGGACUGUGAUCUGAAGAGUCCCAGCUCUGUGCAUGACAGCACCAUCUCCAGACUCAUUGAUGCUGUGUCCUUAGGCAAUGAGCAAGACACCUGUGGUUCUAUUUCUGCUCUGAUCGGUCAGUUUGAAAGUACUGUUGACCAAAUCAACUUCUCAACAUUAUCUCACAAGAACACCCCUUCCCGUCAAUCAAUCUUCAGGCCAACCACCCCUAAAGCACUGGAAGGGUUAAGCUCUCCUCUGAAGACAGCAUCUCCUAAUAAGAAAAACCUGAUAAGUCCCCAAAAAGUUGCUCAAAAAACAAAUGUAUAUCGGGAAAUCUCAUCACCCCAUAAGAUUUUCCAAGCAGAUCUGCCUGCUCCACACCUCAUCUCCAGCCCAGAAACUGCUGAGCUUGAGGAGGUCUACACCAUUCUGGAUGAGGAGGUGCUGCUACCUGUAUCAGUGUACAACCUGAACAAACAGACCAUGCAUGUUCAGGCAGACACUAUUGGCAGCACACCCUCAAGCAGUUUGGGAUCUUCUCCAACAAAGGCGGCUCAAGGUUUAGGGAAAGGACGCAAUAUGGGCUGGGAUGAUGUGGACAGAAAAAGGGGGGAAAUUGAGGAGAUAGAGGAAAGAGUAUAUGAAGAGGUGAGUGAUCUACCACCACAGGUACCUGACAUAGAACGGAGUACUUCUAAAGGGUAUAUGAGCUCCUCUGCAAACAAUGAGUGUUUCAGGUUUGUACAUGAUUCAGCUGGAGGUGUUGUUACCGAAGUGGAGCUAAAUGUCGAUGAGGAUCCACUGGAGAUGAUGCUGAAUUCGCCAAGAAAUGGCAGCCAAUGGGAGGGCCUUAUAAGUCCAACCAAACGGUAUGCUAUUUAUGAAAACCAUGAAUCCACUCCUAGGUACUCCCAUCAAAAACAACAGUACCCAUCACAUUCUUCUCAUGUAGCUUUUUCACAGUGUCAUUCCCCAUUGAAUCAACCAUCUUAUCAGCUGUCCAGUCAUCAUCAGGACAACUUCCAGAAUCCACUCCACCAUAGACUUGCCAACUCCAGACCCUCCAACCAUAGUCCACUGCGUCAGAACAGCUACCCUGUACCUCAGAGCAAUUCUGAGGCUUUUAACAACAGUAGAGACUUUAGCAGGUCCUACACACAACAGAAGAGCUAUAGUGGCACCCAGAUCCCAAAUAAGUCUCACCAAGACAGGGCAGGGUAUAAACAGACGGAGAGGGAACAAGUAGAUGGUUUCAAGAAUGGUUUUUCCUCUUUUGAAAGCCUCCCUGGUCAAUCUACUGUAUCUACAAACAUGUAUAGGGACAGAGGCCUAUAUUCUCCCUCUUCAGACUGUGAAGCAGUUUACAGCCACCUGGACUUUGACUGUAAUAUGCCCUCAUCAGAGUCUUCAGCUCCUCGAAACCCCCAAAACCAAACAAAAUCACAUGGUGUGAAACAGUCAUGGAACCAAAACGUUCCCCUCACUAUUACUAGGCAACAGCCACAGACUGAAACCAGAGUUUCAUUGUACUCAAAUUCAGGGCCUUUAUCAGCUCCAUCCCAAUCUGCCACAAUAGACUCCACAGCCCCCAGCCCAUGCAAAUCCAAAUCCCUGGGAGAUCUGACCUCUGAGGACAUAUCGUGCAACUUUCAGAGCAAAUACAACAUUAUUAGUCGCAGUUUCAUCACUCCUCAUAUGAGGAGGCAAAAGAAGGUGGGCACCAUGGGGGGAGUAACUUUCCAAUCGCAGUCCUGUGAUCCACUUACAGAACAGCUACGUAAGCUGGUUAGUCUGGAGGGGGAUGAUAGUGACAGAGAUCGAUCCCAGUCUCCCCACUUGCAUCAGGAAGCAAAAUCCCCAGUGUCUCAGUCACAGGCAACAAGUAUAACCCCUGUUGUUCCCGGGGAUACAGAUGAUUCCCCUCCACUCCUAACCCGUCGACUAUCCUCUCGGAGCCAAAGCCGAGUGCGUCACAUCAACAGCCGUGCCCGUGAAAGACAGCAAGAAGCUCUAAAAUCUCAGGCAGGGGUUACAAUCAAUAGUACUGGUGCAGUGGUAUUAAGGAAUAAACCAGCCUCACAGAAUCCACUGACAAACAGACACUCUACAGGUUCUUACAUAGCAGGUUACCUUGGCCAACUGGAGGACAGGGGACUUCCUGAAGGAGCCUGUACAUCCUUACGUUAUGGAAAUGGAGACCAUUAUGGUGAUCUGUACUAUACUGACGAUUCAGUUCCAUCUGCAAAUACCACAGUGUCGGAGCCUGAGGUCUACUUUCUGCUCAGGCUGUAGCUCUGACCAUAACCCAACAUGAAAUUAAAAUAGUGAUUCUUUAUUGAGUUAAAUUAUACCAAAAGUCAGAGGAUCAAGGAAAGAAAUAUUUUCGCCAUUUUUUGCUGCCAUUUUCUUUUACCAAGAGGUUUUUUUUGUUUUAAAACAAAUGUUAUUCUGGGCUAUUUCUAGAAAAUAGAUAUAGUCUGUACAAUGUAAGUGAAGCAUCACAUAUAAUCCAUGGUUGGAUCUGACAGCAUGAAUUUCCUGUAUGAAAUGUCCACUAUUCAAUAGUGAAUGGUCUCUCUAGUCGGCUGUGUGUCUAUAUUCUGCUUAAUGUGUAAAUGUAGUUGGGAACUUUGAGUCCCUCCAAAUGGCUUCCUAGACUGAUUGUACAGAUACUUGUUAUCUUGUCCCUGUGAUGUACUGUCGAAACUACGUACACUGAUUAUGAAGCAAAAAUUAAAAAAGGAAAAGAGAAUUGGCUUUGAAGCAGAGAGGGAAUAUCUUUCUUUGUAUCAUUUGAAUGUGUAGUAUAAUCAGACAACUACUUUUAAUAGAUGGGAUAUUAUUAUUUCAAGUAUCAAAUUUAAGUCUUCCUUCUCUUUUCAGUGGUAUUUCUUUGUGUUGUGUGUAAAUAUUCCCGACAUAAGUUUUCAUCUGAGAUGAGUUUUAGUUGAGAACAAAUUCUAUCUGUACAUUUAUGUUUGUGCAUGUUACAUGUGAACAUGUCAAGCAUGACUAUGCACCACUUUAUACAAUAGAUGUUGCAUUGCCCAACCACGUUUGCACAGAACAAAUAGUUGUAUUGGAUACAACAGAGGACAUAGGCUUGUUUGUAUUGGGUGCAAUACACUACAUAAACUUCUGUGCUUGGACUUGCUCUCUGUGACCUAUAGAAUUUGAAAAUGUGACUGAAAAUUUAAGAAAAAUUUGGAGUUUAAAGUUUUUUAUUUUUAUAAUUGCUUUGAUACAGACUGCAAAAAUAAUCUCUUGUUGGUUCCGGUUAUUUUAUUUUGUAUAACUUAAUGGACUGAUCAAAGAGAGUGACAACUAUACAGGGCCAGCCUGAGGAGGGGAGGGCAGCAGAAUUGAAAAGUUUUUUUUUUUAAAUUAUUGUUUCAGUGAUACACCAUCCUUCUUUCUUUGUAUUGUUGCUCAUUGGAAAACUGUGAGCAUUUUCCUACCAAUGCAAUAAAAUACGGAAAUAUUUGA